AUGCUAUAAAAUAAAGGAGAAAAAAAGGACAAAAUUCAAUAACCUAUGUAUGAACUUCUACCAGAGAUGACUUAUAAAUAAAAAUAAUGGUGCUAUGCUAUGUCUUUUAAUCAUACUAGAACACUUUUAGCUUUGGCAGCAAAUUAGGAUAUUAAAAUUUUCUAAUUUGCAGAUGGAUUUAUGAAGUAGAUUUAAUAACUAAGAGCUCAUUCUUACUUAAUCACAACUCUUAAUACAUUACGAAGUAGAUAACAUUUGAUUUCUAGUUCAGAAGAUACUUCUAUAAUUAUAUGGUCAACAAAUCUCUUAUAAAAUCCAAAAUACCUAAUAAAAUUAAAGGGUCAUUAAUCAUAUAUUAAUUGUUUAGUUGUUCAUCCAAUAAAUGAAAAUCUGAUAGUUAGUGGAUCUGAUGAUAAGACUAUCAAAUUUUGGUCUAAUCAUAUUUCCACUUAAUAAUUAAUAAAUCAUGAAGACUAGAAAACAUGGUUUUGUUCCUAGACAAUUAAUGAUCAUACUUCUAUGGUUUAUGGAUUAUCUAUAAAUCAAAAUGGAAACAAAUUGCUCUCUUGUGGAAAUGAUAAUAUAAUUUUACUUUUAUCAUCCUCAAACAAGUAAAAAUGGUAAGUGUUACAAAAGAUAAAAGUUGAUAAAGUAGGUUUCAGAUUAUCAUUUAUUACAGAUAAUUUAUUUGCUUUUCAAGUAUGGGCAAGAAAGUUCAUUCUCAUUUACUCUAUAAGCCAAGUUGGAAGAUGUAUAAAAUAAAAAGAAAUAGUUAUAAAAGGGGAAGGUGCAACAUGCAUGUAAUACUUUCCUCUAAUUUAUAAUUCUGCUAAAUAAAUUCUAAUAUCCAAAAAUCGAUAGAAUAUUAAUAUACUAAGUUUAAAAUUUUCUGCUCAGUCUAAUUCAUAUUCAUGUGAUAUAGAAUAAAACAUAGAUUAUGGUGAUUUUAGGAUAUUUGGAACUAUGAGUGAUGAUGGAGAAUUCUUGAUUACUUGGGAUCAAAAUUCAUAAUCAAUAUAAGUUCGAAAAUUUAGAUAAAAAAUUGGAAAAAAAGAUGGAUGA